UGAAGAAGAGCAAGAUGUCUUCCCUGGACGUAGAUGAUUUCAUUCAGCAAAAUAGAGUUCUUGCCGACCAAGUAGAAAAGUUUCGAGGCUACUGGGAGAGUGACAAACACUGGAAACCGAGGAGAGAGUUCGUCCUGCGGAACAUAAAUGACUAUGAGUUUCAGCAGCUGGACCAGCUGCUCUCUCUCUCCAUGGUCUGGGCCAACAAUGUCUUCCUCGGCUGUCGGUAUAGCACAGAGCUCCUGGACAAAGUGAAAGAAAUGGCAGAAGGCGUCGUGGUGGAGGACGCACCGGUCUUCAAGACAAGAGAUGAGAUCAUGAAAAAGCAACAGGGUCGAUGACCGGCUCGGGCAAAUCGUCUCUUCUGGUUUUUAUCUGAUCAGUGACUGAAGACUGGAGGGAUUUGAACAUACAGGCUGUGCUUGUACCAAAGCUGUACACAUUUGUAUGGUUUAUUACUAUCCUACAUAUAUGAUGAGAGUGCAAACAGCAAAAUGUUUUCUUUAAAAAAAAAUCAAAAGCAGGAUGAACAGUAUUUUUAGGUUUUUAUUUGUAUAACCAUGACGUCGCAAGAAGCAGUUGGCAGUGUGGCCAUUUUUACGCAUGAUUGUUUUGCUUUUUUUUAAGUGUACUCAUUGUUUUUAGUGUUUUUUUUAAAUAAAUUCAGAUCAAAGAUGUCACUGGAUCUUGACCUAAUAUUUGAUGCAGAAUAAAGGACUUGUGUUUUCUUCCUGUGAGAUUGUCAUUUUCCUUAUUUCUUUUAAAAACAACGUGAAAAACAAUUCAUUGUAAUUCUGUGCCGUUUCAGAUUUUCUGUGAGUGGAUAAACAAUGAAGGGCGUAACUGCUUCUGUUGUCGCUGCUUCACAAUUCUCAGACAAACAGUAGCAGCUGUGGGGGGAAAACUGGGCUACUGUUUCCAAAAAGAGGUGACAUAAAUGGAACAUGAACACUUGUUAUUGAGUUGUUUCUUUACCUUAUAUAAACUUAAUUAGUGUACCAUUUGAACAAGCAAAGUGAUGCUGUCAAAAAGCAGGAAAAUAGUGAUAAAUAAAAUAUAAUUUUAGUGGGAGGGCAAAGCUGAACAAGUAAAACAAAAAAAGCAAGACCUGUCUCAAAGUCUGAAAAAUGUGUUUUAUUAUGUUUAUACAGCAUAUUGUUAUAAGUAUACACUUUUUUUUUUUUUAAUUCACAAAAUGUUGUAACAUAUCCCUUCUGCUUAUUAGGUGAAAUAAAUCACUAGUCACAAUAUGACUUACUGUCUCAGAAAAGAACUGUGUUUGAUGAUGACUGUCUUCCAUUGAUUAUUUAGCUGUAGUUGGGCAGCGUUAAGUCAUAAAUGUAUACUCAAGUGGUCUUUUAACUGGGCAUCACAUAGAUAAAAUAAAAAGACAAACGCAGGUAUGAAAACAACCUCGGCCUUUGGGAAAACAGUUGAUGUCGUGCAGCCUGCAUUGGAGUGUGGCUUUCUCUGCAGCAGUCUGCUGUCAUUCCUAUUUUAACUGCUGUCAUUUACAGCUGAGAACAGUGACUGCCUUUAUUCUCUGCUUCUUUUAUUAAUUUAGAUGUCAGCUGUGUCAUUUUAAGAGAAGGCUCAAAAGCGCCGACAGCAUCUUUCAUGCCGUCGCACGUCACAGAGCAACAGAGACUUUUGCUUCCUGUGAUGGGCGGGAGAGAAAAGCAUGUGGGUGUGAGCCUACGAUGAGCUGUCAGGAGAGCGAGAGAGGGAGCUGAGAACUGUUACUUGUUCUUAAAUGCUGUGUUUAAGUUAUUUAUUCAUAUUUAAUUAUGAACUGUGACAAGUAAUAAAAUCUUUAUUAUAGAAAAUGAGCAGAAUAUAAACAGCAUUAUGUUCUGUAAAACAAAAUAAUAAGGCAGAUUUAUUACUAAAGCAGAACAUGAUGCUUGAGUAUACUCAAAUUCUAGGUUGUUUUUUUUUUUUUUACCAACUUCAUGCUGAUUGUAAUUGUCUUUAAAGCUGAAUUACAGAAAAUGUAAUGAUUGAAAAGAAUACAGUAUUUCCUCAGUUCAGCCGGGGGAUUCCCAGAGCCUUUUCCAAACAACCCUGCUCCCCACUUAUGGAUUCACAGUCCGAGCUUAUCCUGUUCCCUCCUGGUGUAAUACCUGCUUUCUAACAUCAUUUUCUACCUUGGAGCAGAAAUGAUUAAAGUAAAAAAAGCUCAGAGCCAGCUUGCCAGGGAGCCAUGAUUCAUAAGUGCAAGGGAGACUUGGCGCUGUUUCAGCCUGUGACGUCUGCAAGCCUAAAAUUACAGUGUCUCUUAAAAUAACAGAUAUGUUGCAACAGAUCAGGUAUAGUUCUAUAUCAGCUGUAUGUGUGGAACAUUCAACUAAACAAUAAGGAUGUUUUCUGGGUUGUUAAUCUUCCAUGACUUUCAAAAUUCACUGAUUUGGUCAUCAACCUGCCCUUUUUCCAAACAGCCUAGUUGUAUGCACACCAGCAGACAAAAAAAAAAGAAAGAAAGAAAGAAAAAAAAAGAAAAAAAAUGUACAAAGGAAAAAGUAAAACUCAAACACUAACAGCAUCAAUCCAACCAAACAACAAAGAUAUAUUACAAAUUCUGUUAGCAAUAACUUAUUUCACAUCAUGCAAUAAAAAAAGUAAAAUUAAGGACAAGAAACACAAAUAGAAGAUUGAUUUCCCCUCCCUCGAUUUCCUCAAAAAUGUAUUGGCAAGCAAGUUAACUUCCAUUGUGGUUUGGUUGUUCUCUUUUUUUUUUUCAGGGUGGCACUUGAGUUCUUCUGAUAUAGUUGCUGUUUUUUUCUUUUCUU